CUCUUCCGCCAAGCAAUAUCAACACGUUCGUUCCUCGAUAGCUCGGAUCUCCACGACACUUCGAUACUUCCAUACCGCGCAUCCCUACAAUGGCUGGCGAAAGCGAGCUCUCGAUCGAGGAAACCAACAAACUCCGCCUGUCCCUCGGCCUCAAGCCGUUAAGAGUCGACAACGAGCCCGUCACCGCGAACGCCAGUGGCGAGCCCGUAUACGACAACACGACCGAGGGCCGCGAGCGGCGCGCAGUCGACAACUGGAAGGCACAUACGGCGGAGCUGCAGAAGGAGGCGGCGAAGAAGCGACGACAGGAUGACAUAAAGAAGGCGCGGGAGGCGGCGCAGCGGUUCCGGAAGCUGGAGGGUGCGGGACUCGCGGAUGAGGAUGAGGAGGAGGAUACGGCUAGUUGGGUGCGCAAGAUGAAGAAGCGCCAGAAGAAGAAGGCGGAUGAGAUCGCGAGGGAGAUGGAGGAGGAGCUGGAGAGGGCCGCUGCCGAGUCGAAGGAGUAUACUACCGCCGAGUUGAAGGGGCUGAAGGUCUCGCAUGAUCUGGCACAACUUGGCGAGAUGGGCGGCGAGACGAUCUUGACGUUGAAAGAUAGCACAAUUGAUGAGAAUGAAGAGGAGGGCGAUGAGCUCGUUUCGACUGAACUUACCGAGCGCGAACGAUUGAUGGAACGCCUCGAGCUCAAGAAGAAGAAACCUAUCUACAACGCCUACGAUGACGAGGAAGGGGGAGAGAAGCGACUGCUGGCGCACUAUGAUGACGAUGAAGAAAAGGGUCGUCUAAAGAAGAGGUUUGUCCUUGACGACACCGGUAACUUGGCGGACAACGAGACUUAUCGUCAAGAAGUGGUGGAAAAGCUCAGAUCAAGAGGAAUUACCUUGGAUAUGCCCAAAGCCGAAGUCGCCUCUGAUUACAUCGACCCGGUCUCGAUCAAGGUCAAGAAACCCAAAAAGAAGAAGUCCAAAUCCACUCGCAAGCGCGGUGGCGACGACGAAGAUGCACUCAACCCGGCUAUGUCGGCGGAGCCAAGUCCUCCGGAAGACGUUAACGCGAUGGAAGUGGACGACUCGGCCGCACCAAUGGUAAAGCCGAAACGGAAGAUAGCCGAGGAUGUAUCAUUCAUCGACGACGAGGACCUCCAAGCAUCACUAGCGCUGCAACGUCGGGCGGCCCUCAAGAAGCGAAGGAUUCUCAAGCCGGCUGACUUGGCCAGACAGUUCCAGGAAGAAGCCGCCGAGAAUGCCCAGGCUACUCCUGGCGGCAUGGAAGAAGACCAGGACGAGGAAACCCCAGGCCUCAUCAUCGACGAGACAUCCGAGUUUGUUGCCACUCUCCGCGCCCCGACAGUAUCGGAGCGGAAAGCACCCCGCUCCGCCUCCGCGCAGCCCGAGCGCAUGAAGGAGGACUCCCCCGAAGCUGAAGCAGCAGAUGGCGACGUGGACAUGAUUCGCGACGAGCGUGAGGUAUCCGCCAAAGUCGAGGACACUCCACCAGCCGCUCCCACCAUCACCUCCACCGGUCUCGAAGAGGAAACCACGAUCAGCCGCGGUGUCGGUGCAACUCUGGCGAUGCUCAACCAGCGCGGCCUUCUCAAGCGGGAUCCAGAGGCGGAGAAGAAACUGGAGCUGCAACGACAGCGCGAGAAGUUCCUGCGGGACAAGAAGCGCCGCGAGCUCGAGGCCGAGGACAAGGCGAAAGCUGCGCGUGCUAAAGAUCGUUCCAGCGGGAAGUUUGAGCGCAUGAGCGCUCGCGAACGUGAAGAGCACGCUCGAUGGGAGAAUAAACAGAGAGACCUACAGGAGGCCCGGGACAUGGCGUUGAAGUUCAAAGAUUACAAGCCUGAUGUGAACUUGAGUUACAAGGAUGAGUUCGGGCGCGAAAUGAACCAGAAGGAGGCAUUCAAGCACUUGUCGCAUCAGUUCCACGGCAAGGGCUCCGGCAAGGCGAAGACAGAGAAGAGGCUGAAGAAGAUUGAAGACGAGAAGAAGAGGGAGGCCGCGAGUGGACUGGGAUCCGCGGCCGAUAAUGCUGUAUCGACUGCUGCAAAGAAGAGCAAGCAGGCUGGAGUAAGAUUGAUGUAAUUCACUUGUGGCGAGUGAUUGUGGAUGAAUAGUAAUAGAGCGUUUUGAAC